ACAAUUAUACCCCACAAAUUAAUAAUUAAAAGAAAAUAAAAUUUGAAGAUUGCGUAAAACGACGAAACAAAAAGGAGAGAAAAAUAAAUAAUAAAUCUCAAUUUUAUACAUUCUCGAAAUUGUAUUUCUCUCUAUCAAAGCCCUAGAUUUUCUCUCUAUCAGGUGCUACCUCCAUCACUCAGCACAAAAAUGGCCAAUGCUGCGUCAGGAAUGGCAGUUGAUGAUGCUUGCAGGCUCAAAUUUUUAGAGCUGAAGUCCAAGAGGACUCACCGCUUCAUAAUUUUUAAAAUCGAAGAAAAGCAAAAACAAGUAAUAGUCGAAAAGGUUGGUGAGCCCUCUCAGAGCUAUGAAGACUUCACUUCAAGCCUUCCUGCUGAUGAAUGCAGAUAUGCUGUUUAUGAUUUUGACUUUGUGACUGCAGAGAACUGCCAAAAGAGCAGGAUCUUUUUCAUUGCAUGGUCUCCCGACACAGCGAAGGUGAGAAGCAAGAUGAUCUAUGCGAGCUCAAAAGACAGGUUCAAGAGAGAGCUGGAUGGUAUUCAAGUUGAACUCCAAGCAACCGAUCCUUCAGAGAUGGAUAUGGAUGUCAUUAAAAGCCGUGCUAAUUGAUGUGCUAGCAUGUUUCCGAUGCCUUGUCGAGCGUUAUUCGUACAGUGAGUCCACUAUACCUAUGUUUAAAUGUUAAUACCUUUGAUGGGGCAAUAGAACUUUUGAUUACAUACAAUAUUGGAUGGUUCUUGAAGUGUAAACUGAUGUCUUAUUUGCCUUUUUUGCUUCAGAAAUUACAUUGAUAUGUUAAUUGUGGGAUUUCUAUGAUGCCUAGCUGGAUGUGUAUGCUUGGCUAUCUGUUUUGUGUAUUCCUUUUCUAGGCCCCAUGUUCUCUGAUUUGAGAUAGAGGACCGCUUCUUUCUGUAUCACUAAUCCCUGAAUUGAAAAUUAUUUGAUUCUGUUGGCUGUUGCUUAUA